AUCAUUCAACACUUCGAGCACUGUCUGAACGGAUUGUUGGAUACAAAUCGACGACCUCCACCUCCCCACUCUUCCUUAACAAACGAUGGACACCCCCCUCGGCCCCAUAAAUAGCCACACAAACGUCGGAUGAGUGAAAUCAGAGAUGCUGCGCACAACGGCCAAAAUCCUGGAGCUUUUUUGAACAGGACUGUGGGUGUGUGCGCGCAGGGCUCGCCGUUACCUCCGGACUGCACUCGCCAACUUCCCCCGCGUUCCAUCAAGUCAUGUCUGAUACAGAGCGAUGGGCAAGUUUGACGACAACGAGAGGAUAAUCCUCAACGUUGGGGGCACCAGGCACGAAACCUACAAAACCACCCUGAAGACUCUGCCGGGGACGCGUCUGGCCCUGCUCGCCUCCGACUCGGACAUCGACUCCGUGCUGGAUCAGCUGCAACAAGUCCCCGGCUUUAUCGAGUACAACGCGCGGACAAACGAGUACUUCUUCGACCGCCACCCAGGUGUCUUCGCCUAUGUGCUCAACUACUACCGCACCGGGAAGCUCCACUGCCCGGCGGAUGUGUGCGGACCGCUGUUCGAGGAGGAGCUCUCCUUCUGGGGCAUCGAUGAGACGGACGUGGAGCCCUGCUGCUGGAUGACAUACCGGCAGCACCGGGACGCAGAGGAGGCUCUGGACGUGUUCGAGCUCAACGUGGACACCGGGGAGGAUGACGACGAGUUAGGGAAGAGGCUCGGCAUUGAGGAUGUGGCUGCCGACGGUAAUGUCAGCCUGUGGAGGAAGUGGCAGCCGGUGAUCUGGAAUCUAUUCGAGGAUCCCUACUCCUCCAGGGCGGCGAGGUUUAUAGCCUUUGCAUCUUUGUUCUUCAUACUCGUCUCCAUCACCACCUUCUGCUUGGAGACUCAUGAAGCUUUCAACACCAUCAUCAACAAGACUGAGCUGAUGCGGAACAGCAGCGUGCCGGACUCAGGCCCGCAGUACGAGAUUGAAACUGACCCUGCGCUCACCUAUGUCGAGGGCGUUUGCGUCUUCUGGUUCACCAUCGAGUUCCUGGUGCGUGUGACCUUCUGCCCGGUCAAGUUGGAGUUUAUUAAAAGCGUUCUCAACAUCAUCGACUUUGUGGCGAUCCUGCCUUUCUACUUAGAGGUUGGGCUGAGUGGCCUUUCUUCGAAGGCUGCCAAGGAUGUGUUAGGUUUCCUCAGGGUGGUGCGCUUUGUUCGUAUCCUGCGUAUCUUCAAGCUAACGCGCCAUUUUGUGGGGCUGAGGGUGCUGGGCCACACGUUACGGGCCAGCACAAAUGAAUUCCUGCUGCUCAUCAUCUUUCUGGCGUUGGGAGUAUUAAUUUUUGCCACCAUGAUCUACUACGCCGAACGAAUCGGCGGUGGGAGCAUCCACACCGAGUUCAAGAACAUCCCCAUUGGCUUCUGGUGGGCCGUGGUAACCAUGACAACGCUGGGUUACGGCGACAUGUAUCCAAAGACCUGGUCGGGCAUGGUCGUGGGCGCAUUGUGCGCCUUGGCAGGUGUGCUGACGAUAGCCAUGCCUGUGCCCGUUAUCGUCAAUAACUUUGGGAUGUACUACUCCCUGGCCAUGGCCAAGCAGAAGCUGCCCAAGAAGAGGAAGAAGCACAUCCCACAGGUGGUGCAGAGAGGCUCCCCCAUCUACUGCAAAGCAGAUCUCAACACCACCUGCAACAGCACUCAAGGGGACCACACCAAGGGGAGCAGGGUACUAGAACGCAACCGCUCAGUGCUGUCAGCCGACUGCAGCGGGGGCAGUGACCUCACCUUGUCUCCAGAGGAGAGGGUCCCCAUGCGGAGGUCCAGCACCCGGGAACAGGACCGGCGGAGCGGGGGCAUGUGCUUCCUGCUCGCUGCUAGUGACUACACCUGCCCUGCAGACGGAGGCAUGCGACAAACAGAUAACUGCAAAGAGGUUGUCUUUACUGGUAUCACACAAGCAGAGAGCAGCGUUCUAUCUUAAUGGCUUGGGGAAGGCACCGCCAUGGCGGAAAGGUAACCUGCUGACCAGGUGUGAGGGUCGGUCGCAGUGCAGACCCCUCUCACACUGUCGGUCAAGAAUUAAGAUUUGUGUUUUUGUUUGUGCGCUUUAAAAGCGGGGGUUAUUCAACAGGAAGAGAACCUGUGUGUUCUCCUGAUGGCACUAGUAAAGCUGCAGCUUGUAGCAUUUGAAUCAGUGGAUAAUUACCACAUAAUACUGAGACACAAGUAUGAUCAGAGUAAACAACAUUAUUCAGGAGAAAACUGCAUUUUGCAUCAUGUACCGCCCGAUUUGGUUGAACAUUUGCACAAUUCACACCCUAAGGGCAGAUUGUGUUUGUAGCUGCACAGUUUCACUGAAGAUGCUCCGUCACUAAGGGCUAAUAACUGCUCUCAACACUAAACCCAUGAACCUGAAUCCCUCAGAACAAACCUGAUAUUAAACCGACGGAGCCUUUGCUUUAUUCACUCACUAUAUUUCAUAAAUUGCCUCUGUGCAGCAACAGGUGUGGGACAGUAGACACACCACGCUGCGAUGUGCCUCACCCAUCCCUACAGUACGUCUUCACCAGGAGCAGAUGGUUGCUUAGUAACUGGCUCACAGCUAGAUGCAUGUUACACAUAACUCGCCAACAAAAUCUAACAAUUAAAAGGAAGAGCUCCUGCAAACAUUUCUCUUUGUGCACUACAUUAUUGAAUCACCCCCCCAACUAAAGAAGUGCAAUAUAUAACAGAGCUGUCAGAGUUCUGCUCAUCAGCUGACUGGUCCUCUGUUCCUGUUUGUUUGUGCAUAUUGUCUGUGCAUGGCAAGCUCUUCUGAAUUGAUGCUCAAAGACAUAUUAUGUAUUUCUGAUAUGUAGAGAUGAGAGUUGUGUUUAUAUUUUAUUUAGACGAUUCAUUCCCUAUUUGAAUGACGGUGGGAUAAGUCAUCAGACCUAUUGCAGCGGCUACUCCUACAGGACACUGUGGACGCGGAGGCACGCAAAAACUAUUGACUGACAGCCGGCCGGCCGACGACUCAGUGAGCAGGAAAGGAAGUUAAAGAUCAAAAGGAAAUCCUGGGAGGACUUUGAUACGCGUUUACCUUUUGCUGAUUUCUCGUUUUGUUUUCCUGUGGAGUAAAAAAAGGAGAGCAAAGUGGACACAUCCUUAAAAGAGACUGUAUAGAUAUUGCUCCUGUAAAUACAACACAGCACAUUUGGGCUGAGCGGCUCCGUCCACACAUCUGUCUUUUGGCGAGUCAGGUAACGAGGUGGUUGGUUGCCAAGUGACGCUCAACGUCAAUCACUUUUCUUGCUGUGGUAUCCCUCCUCGCAAUAAGUGUAUUAAGAUGUAUCGGUUGAGGCACUUUGUGUACUACAAAUGGAGUGUAUUUAUAUAUGAAAAUCUACAUACAGUAUAUACAGUAUAGAGAGACAAACGUGCUAAAUUGAAUAAAUGUGACAUUAAGGUCAUCUCUGCUUUUGUUUCCCAAGGUAAUUUUCAUUAGGUUAAGUGCUCUGCUGUGUGUGUGUGUGUGUGUGUGUGUGUGUGUGUGUGUGUGUGUGUGUGUGUGUGUGUGUGUGUGUGUGUGUGUGUGUGUGUAUCCUAAGACACCGGGGUAAGAUCUGCAGCUUGAAAGCUCAGCAGAGACCAAUGAGUGGACUCGAUUCUGUCACUCUUGCAGUUAGUUUUAGUACAAACAUGAAUGAGACAGAGUUCCCCUGUGAUGCAGUCGCCGUUGUAGAAGUCCCCCCUGCUGUGCAUAUAACAUGCAGCUACCCUGCGUUUGUGCUGCAGAUGUUUGUCUCUUCACAAACCAAAUUAUUCUUACCAGACAAACUGCAUAACUUUAUUUUUUCAAAGUGUUCCCCUUGUGGGGGGUGGAGCAAAAGUGUAGCAGAAGUUUACCAAGUUAUAAAGUGGGACUUCUAGAAUGGCUACAUCUGCACAGUAGCAUGAACCCAUGAACCCAAACAAUCAGAUCGGAUUUGCAAUAAGAACCCGAAAACAAAACACCGAUCCACACUGUGAUGCCAGCUGCCCGUCAAAACAAGUGAGAAGUGAGAGAGAGCAGCUCUGAAGGAGAGCACUGGCAGGAGGCACGACUCGUGUCAUGUGUCCCCCUGCACCCACAAUCCUCCUCGUGCAGUACACACGCUGCUUUACUCUUUGAGUUGACAAAGGUACCGUUCGUUGUAUAUUUUUAGGAUGACGUUGUGACUUGAAUAAAAAAAAGGUGUUUAUUUUUUCGAAUCCAGAACAUGUAUUUUUGUGUCUUACUGUUGAGUACAUUGCUCUUAUUUAUAAAAGUCAUGGUGGUCCGAUGCUGUGCUUCUCCAUCGCGUCCUCAAACUGUCAGGGUUUUGAUCCGAGUUCAUGUUUUGUAUGUUUUACUGUGAGGAAAAUUCUAGUUUGAAGUCUGUAUUUGUGGAGCCUUUUGUUGGCAUUCUAAAGUGCAUGCUGAAAAAAUUGUCAAAUUGUAAAAAAAUAAAACAAAAUGAUGACAUACUGUA